AUGGCAGACAUCCACAUGAGCGAUCUUUACAACCCGCAGAUGCUCAUUAUUCGUAUCGAGGACAAUGACUCGAUCUUUCGAGUCCCGCGAGGUCUGCUCUGCGCCAAAUCUGCAUACUUCGAAUCCGCAUUCAGGAGAGAGACUUUCAAAGAAGGAAGAGAACACCUCAUCGAGUUGAGCAGUGAUGUAGCGGAAUGGGUGCUCGAGGUAUGCUUAAGUGCGCGUAUCUGUGAUAUUGGCCACGACGAACAGCACCCGAUGAGCCAACACUGCAGCAAGAAUGUUGCUAAUAGAAUUCAGUGCUUCAUCGGCUGGCUGUACACGCAGCGAAUUUUCUGGCAGCCACUACCCCAUGAGCCCAAGCAGUGCCGGUACGAAGUCAAUCUUGUCCACAGUGAUGAUGAGGAUGAUCCUUCCAACCCAGUGACUUGGCCCUGGGAGGUCAUCAUCCAACUCUACGUGUUCGGCGACAGAUACGACACCAAAGCUUUUCGCAACGCCAUCAUGGACGUCGCUCUGCUGAAAGCCUUGCAAUUUCAGCCCCGAAGCUACCUCUGGCCAGACGUGAAGGAUCAGGAACUAGCAUACAAGCGCCUGCCAUCCAAUUCGGACCUCUACCGACUUAUGUUAGACAUUGGCGUCCAUGAAAUCGAACCGACGUUUUCUGCAAUCCAGUCGCCAGCAGAGGCCCUUGGGCUUCAUUUGCCAGCAGAGGCCCUUGCGAUACUCUAUUGCCUCUCUUCCCGGUUGGCGGCCAAGCUGCGUUGUCCUGCAUGUCAGGCUAGACGCCAUUGCGGACGAGAUCACGCGACUAUGCCAUUGCGAGCCACGUUCCGAACCGACUUCACCUCGUACUACGAGCAUGAUUCUGAGGAGGAAGUGCACGCCUGCAUUAAAAAGUGGACGGAAUUGGCAUACAAACAUAAGCUGGACAUGGUCUCCUACGAAGUCUGA